CUAUUAUCAAAACAACAUCUGGCUCCAGUAUCCCACAAUGCAUCUCCCCGGAAGCGAGCGAGUGCGACGCCGCAGAUGACGUGUCGGGUUCCGGGCAGAAAGCGGCUGAUGGUCGCUGUCAGGACGGUCCUCUGAUCACUACCGAACGUCUGUCCCACCGGACCCGCAGCAUCCCCCGAGAAGAGGCGUCGCUCUCCCCGCUGCGCAGCACCAUGAGCGCCCGGUCCGCCCUGCGGGGCCCUCUACUGGUUCUCUGGUUUCUGUCACAGGGGGUACUAGGGUUUUACCUCCCGGGUCUGGCGCCCGUCAGCUUCUGCGAGCCUGCGACGGUGGGCGAAGGAAACGCGGUUCCCGACUGCAAGUCUACCAUCGAGCUGUUUGUGAACCGGCUGGAUUCGGUGGAGUCGGUCCUACCUUACGAGUACACUGCCUUCGACUUCUGUGCGGUGGAGGCGGAGAAGCGUCCGUCGGAGAACCUGGGCCAGGUGCUGUUCGGGGAGCGGAUCGAACCCUCGCCUUACAAGUUUACCUUCAAGAAGACUGAGAAGUGCCAGCUGGUGUGCAACAAGAAAUACAACACCAACCUGCCCACGGACAAGACCUACAUGGACUUCCUGAAGAAGGGCAUGCUGCUCAAUUAUCAGCACCACUGGAUUGUGGACAACAUGCCCGUCACCUGGUGCUACGACGUGGAGGACGGGCAGAAGUUCUGUAAUCCCGGCUUCCCCAUUGGCUGCUACGUCACGGAGGGGGGCCAGCCCAAGGACGCCUGCGUGGUCAACUCGGACUUCAGUGAGAAGGACACCUUCUACAUCUUCAACCACGUGGACAUCACCAUCCACUACCACGUGGUGGAGACCGGGGAGCUGGGGGCCCGGCUGGUGGCCGCCAAGAUGGAGCCCCGCAGCUAUAAGCACACCAACGCGGACGCCCCCGACUGCCAGGGCGGCCCUAUGUUCAUCAAAAACAAGGACUCUGGGGACAUGAAGAUACCGUACACCUACAGUAUUGCGUUUGUGGAGGACAAGAAGAUCCGCUGGGCCUCCAGGUGGGACUACAUCCUGGAGUCCAUGCCCCACACCAACAUCCAGUGGUUCAGCAUCAUGAACUCCCUGGUGAUCGUGCUGUUCCUCUCGGGCAUGGUGGCCAUGAUCAUGCUGAGGACGCUCCACAAGGACAUCGCUCGCUAUAACCAGAUGGACUCGGUGGAGGAUGCUCAGGAGGAGUUUGGCUGGAAGCUGGUCCACGGAGACGUCUUCCGGCCCCCUAGGAAGGGCAUGCUGCUCUCCGUGUUCCUGGGCUCGGGGACCCAGAUCUUCAUCAUGACCUUCGUCACCCUCUUCUUCGCCUGCCUGGGCUUCCUGUCCCCUGCUAACCGCGGGGCCCUGAUGACGUGCGCCGUGGUGCUCUGGGUGCUGCUGGGGACCCCCGCCGGCUACGUGGCCGCGCGCUUCUACAAGUCGUUCGGAGGAGAGAAGUGGAAGACCAACGUACUGCUCACCGCCUUCCUGUGUCCUGGGGUGGUGUUUGCGGACUUCUUCCUGAUGAACCUGAUCCUAUGGUGGGAGGGGUCUUCGGCGGCCAUGCCAUUCGGGACGCUGGUGGCCAUCUUGGCUCUGUGGUUCUGCAUCUCCGUCCCGCUCACCUUCAUCGGGGCGUACUUCGGCUUCAAGAGAACGGGGAUCGAGCACCCGGUGCGGACCAAUCAGAUCCCGCGUCAGAUCCCGGAGCAGUCGUUCUACACCAAGCCCCUUCCCGGCAUCGUCAUGGGGGGCAUCCUGCCCUUCGGCUGCAUCUUCAUCCAGCUCUUCUUCAUCCUCAACUCCAUCUGGUCUCACCAGAUGUACUACAUGUUCGGCUUCCUCUUCCUCGUCUUCAUCAUCCUGGUCAUCACCUGCUCCGAGGCCACCAUCCUCCUCUGCUACUUCCACCUGUGUGCCGAGGACUACCACUGGCAGUGGCGCUCCUUCCUGACCAGCGGCUUCACCGCCGUCUACUUCCUGGUCUACGCCAUCCACUACUUCCUGUCCAAGCUACAGAUCACGGGAUUGGCCAGCACCAUCCUCUACUUCGGAUACACCAUGAUCAUGACCCUCAUCUUCUUCCUCUUCACUGGUACCAUCGGGUUCUUCGCCUGCUUCUGGUUCGUCACCAAGAUCUACAGCGUGGUGAAGGUGGACUGAAGGCCCGCUGCCCUACCUGACCAACUCGACUAAGACCGGCUUUCUGCUCCUCAUCCCUGACCCCGCCCCCCCCUCACCGUGACUCCUCCCACACCCUGAGCCAACCCGGUCCCCACGCUACACCGUCUCUGUUCCCAUAGCGACUGAAGACCCGGUCAGAGAGCGCCCUGACCGGAUGACGUUGACAUACAGUCGUAAUUUUGUGUGUGUGUGUGUGUGUGUGGUUGUGUUCAGCCUGCGGGCGCUGCUCAGUGUUUUAACUGACCAGGGCGGCGCUGGACUCGACCUCCUGGCCCCGCCCCCUACGGCAGCUCCUGGCCACGCCCCCUAUGGCAGCUCCUGGCCCCGCCCCCUAUGGCAGCUCCUGGCCCCGCCCCCUACAGCAGCUCCUGAACCCGCCCAUCUGGUCCCCGAUCCCUACAUUUGCUCCUGGCCCCGCCCGUCUUGCCCCCGGCCCGUCUGUGUGCAUGCAGCAGCUCCUGGCCCUGCCCCCUACAGCAGCUCCUGGCCCCGCCCCCUACAGCAGCUCCUGGCCCCGCCCCCUACAGCAGCUCCUGGCCCCGCCCCCUACAGCAGCUCCUGGCCCCGCCCCUACAGCAGCUCCCGGCCCCGCCCCACUACAGCAGCUCCUGCUCCAUCCUGACACAGCGUCGUUGUCGCGUCUGCUGUGUAAUAAAGUUGCUCCGCAUGCAGACCUUUUUGUUUCGGGUCGGGGUCACGUCGGGGUCUCUCCGGUGAAGAGGAGCUGGAGGCCAACGACAGAUGGAACGGACAUGAGGAGGUGAAGAUGAGUUCUGGUGUAGGUGUCUGGGUUGGGUCGAGCUGGAAUAGGCUCCGAGGUCGUCUGAUGGGUGCAACAUUUCGGAUGUGGAUGAGAUGAUUCUUUGAUGAUAGUUUAUUAGCGCUGGGAGGGGGGGCAGUCUGGAGAAAGGGGAGGGGCUCGUUUGCACUUUUCCACCAGCAGCGUGGAAUCGUUGAUUUGUAUAUUCUCUGCUGUUUGUUUUCUAAUGGGGGGGGUAGGGGGGGGGGGCUGUUUUGGUUUCUUUGCUUGUAUCUGGUGAGACGUUCCCUCGCUGUCUGUUAUUUAAUUUAAAUGUUUCCUCGGUUCCGUUUUAUUUUCUUAAUUGUCUUUCUUUUUUAACAUGUGCGGUGUUGUUGUGCCUCAUCCUCCGUCUCUUUGGAGGAGUGUACUCUCCCUCUCUCUCUCUCCCUCUUACUCUCACUCUCUCUCCCUCUUUCUUUCUUUCAUUCUCUCUCUCCCUCUAUCUCUCUCUUUCUCUCUUACACUCUCUGGGGCAUGUGACCGUGUUAACAUGGCCGCCUCAAAAAGCAUGGCUGCCUGUAUGUAUUUGUGUGUGUGUGGUGGGGGGGAGGGGGAUAUGUAUCAGCAUCUGAUCCAUAUUGAUCGAUUCCUGCAUCAGAUGGGUGUGCUUGGGCUUCGGACACGACUCUCGUCCUCUCUCCCCUUCGCUCUCUCUCUCUCUCUCUCUCUAUCUCUCUGAUUCUCUCGCUCUCACUCUAUCUCCAUUUAUUUCUUUACUUGGUAAAAAAUUAUAGAAUGUAAAAUGAUAUCGUAACAAAAUAGAAAUACAAUAAAAGGGUUUGUUUUCCA